ACAUUCUUGUCUCCCCAUAAUAACCUUGCUACUCCUACAAAAUAUAUAUAGUUUAAGGAAGAAAAUGCCUUGCCUUGAUAUAUCUACUAAUGUCAACCUUGAGGGAGUGGAUGUUGAUUCAUUCUUCAGAGAAGCCGCCACCGCCGUUGCCAACAUCACCGGAAAACCUGAAAAGUCGGUGAUGGUUGUACUAAAAGGAUCAGCAACCAUAACAUUGAGGGAGAACGAGGAACCAGCUGCUUUAGGUGAGGUUGUAUCCAUAGGAGGCAUCAAUUCAGAGGCUAAGAGUGAGCUCAUUUCUUCAAUUAGUUCAAUUUUGGACAACCAUUUCUCCAUUCCCAGGGCUCGGUUUUUCCUCAAAGUUUAUGAUAACAGUUUGGCUACAAGAUUGUCCAGAAUGUGAGACAAUUUGUUGGUAAUUAUUACCUGUUUUGAUUUGCCAGUUACUAUGUACUGUACAUGAGUAAGGGAAAUCAUGUUACCUAUAUAUGUUCAAGGUUUGAAGCAAACCUAGUGUAAUAAUUGUGUAUGAAUAAUGGCUCUUAUGCUAAAUUAACCAUCUUGUUUGUAUUAACUAGCUAGCAAGCAUGCCAAGUACCUUAUGAUCCGAUGGCAUCACUGUUAUCAUUCCAAACGGAAGGCCCCAAGUUUGAGUCCCACCCCA